AUGGACGGUUCUUCUCGGUUGCUUCUCACCCUUCCCUCGCGCAUAUGCGCAAAUCGACCUGUACCUGCACAAUUGCGUGCCGCGCGAUAUGUGGAUAGCAGAUGGAGGUUCGCGUCUCAAAAGAGAUUCAAGACUGUUCCAGCGUCGCGGGAGCCUAGGCAACCUACAAUCGAUCGCUCUCGGUCGAAACUUUUCAAUUCCGCCGACGAAGCUGUCGCAGACAUCCAGUCAGGGUCGACUGUACUUAGCGCAGGCUUUGGAUUAUGCGGUGUCGCGGAUACCUUGAUCCACGCCAUUCAAACCCGCGGCGCCAAGUCGUUGCAUUCGUUGACCGCCGUAUCGAACAACGCUGGCAUUGAAGACGUUGGUGGACUGGCUCUGAUCACGAAGUCGGGGCAAGUCAACAAGCUCAUCAUAAGCUUUCUAGGGAACAACAAAGCACUGGAGAAACAAUAUCUUUCUGGUGGCAUUACGAUUGAGCUGUGCCCCCAGGGUACCUUGGCGGAGCGGAUACGAGCAGCGGGUGCAGGCAUCCCAGCUUUUUAUACCCCGACCGCAGUCAAUACCUUGUUACAGGAUGGAAAGAUACCGGCGCAGCAUGACAGCGAAGGGAAUGUCAUCGGAUAUGGUACGCCGCGCGAGGUUCGCGAGUUUAACGGUCGCAAGUACUUGAUGGAGACUGCAUUGCCUGGCGAUGUUGCGAUAUUGAGGGCAUGGAAAGCUGACGAGCAGGGUACAGAACAACAGCCAAGUAACACGGUGCUUGCUAAGAAGUACAGAUAUACCACCAAAGCCUUCGGGCCCAUCAUGGCGAAAGCCGCGCGCCUGACCAUCGUCGAAGCCGAGGAAAUCGUGCCGGUCGGAUCAUUAAGCCCGAAUGACAUUCAUUUGCCUGGCAUUUUUGUCAACCGGAUCGUCCCAGCCACCGCACCGAAGAAUAUCGAGAUCAAGAAGCUGCGCGAUUCAAAAGGCGAUGGCAGACCAUCAAACCAGAGCGAGGAUGCUAUGCGCCGAAACCGAAUCGCACGACGAGCGGCGAAGGAGCUCAAGGAUGGAUAUUAUGUCAACUUGGGUGUCGGAAUCCCGACAAUGGCUGCAACUUUUGUGCCCGAUGGCACCAAAGUAUGGCUGCAAAGCGAGAACGGUAUACUAGGCAUGGGUCCACACCCUACAGAGGAAGAAGUUGACCCCGACAUCAUCAACGCCGGCAAGCAGACGGUCACGUUACUUCCCGGAGCGUCCACUUUCGACAGCGCCGAAUCAUUUGGCAUGAUUCGCGGCGGUCACGUUGAUGUGUCGAUUCUCGGCGCGCUCCAGGUCAGCACAUGGGGAGAUCUAGCAAACUACAUGAUCCCCGGCAAGGUUUUCAAGGGCAUGGGUGGUGCAAUGGACCUUGUUGGCAACCCCGAAGCUACCAAGGUGGUUGUGGCUACCGAGCAUGUGGCGAAGGAUGGUAGCAGCAAGAUUGUGCAGGAAUGCAAGCUGCCGCUUACAGGCGCAAAGUGCGUCAGCACCAUCAUCACAGACAUGUGCGUGUUUGAGGUGGACAGGAAGAGGGGCGGAUUGACGUUGACUGAGGUGGCGGAAGGGGUCACUGUGGAGGACGUGAAGAACAAGACGGAUGCAAAGUUUAGCGUUGCAGAGGACUUGAAAAAUAUGGAGGAGUGGUGA